AUCCACUCUAUCCCAUAUAUGUAAGGACCAGCAUAGCAACCACUUUCUAGUACUGUGCUCGUUCAAAACCAUGGCUGAAGCUAUCAUGGGUUUCACCGUUUUCAAAUCACAUAUUCAUAGUUCAUGUCUACAAACAAGGAGAUUUGAAGUGAACCCCUCUUCAAGAUUGCCCAAGCAGCAUUCAAGCUCGACCCUUUUCAACAGACCGUGGCAGGUCGAAGAGGGCAAGACCAAAAGAGCAUCUUUGUGUAAAGUGAAUGGCUUGCCAGAUUUUCCAUUGAUGGCAGUUCUAGUAGAGCAAUUUGAAGGGCAGAGAGAUUUGAUAACCCAUAAAUCAAUUGUGCAUCUUAGUGAUAAUGAAAUAAAGAAUGUGUACUCUUGGUACAUAAUGUUCACCGUUUGGGGAUGCUUAGUCUUUGGUUCCAUGAAGGAUCCAUAUUACGACUCAGAAACAUAUAGGGGAGAUGGAGGAGAUGGCACUGGCCAUUGGAUCUAUGACAAGCAAGAGCUGAUGGAAGUAGAAGCCAGAGAAGCUCUGUUGCGGGAGGAGUUGAUUGAGGAGAUAGAACAAAAGGUUGGAGGGUUGAGAGAACUUGAAGAAGCAAGCAAGAAUGAAGAACUAGUCAAGUGAUUUUCUGCAGUCAUGCAUGCAUUUGAUUCCAUCGGUUAACCAAGCAAUCCUUCAUUAUUGUAUGUAUAUAUAUAUAAGUUCAUUAUUAGGA